GUUCCGGGUAAGGGGAAUAUAACUAACCAAAAUACUGAGGACGUUCUAAAUCUGGAAAUGAAAGCAGACCACAGAGGGAACAGUCGCAGGUCCAGUAGGCAGAAGCCCAAGCAACAGGUGGAUGAUGAUAGUGAUGACCCUAAAACAUACAGCGAUUUACCAAAUCCAGAUAUUAAUUCUUCAGAAUAUUUUAAUGAUGACGUGGAUGAAUUUCAUCAGAAGAAGCUCCAGAAGCUGCUGGCUGAUGGAGUCAUUCUGGAAGAUGCAAAUGAAGACUCAAUGGAUGAGGAAGAGGUGAUGCCGUUGGAGAUACCUGACUCGGAGGAGGAUGAGGAAGAUGAGGAGGACGAGGAUGAUGAGGAAGAUGUUGACAUGGAUAGUGACCUUGAGGGCAGAUCAGAAGCUGGUCUCCCCAAUGAGUUGGCCUGGGGCCAGAAGAAAGCUACGUAUUACAGCACAGACUAUGUUGACGAGCUUCUGCGUGGUAAGGGUCAGGAAGAGGCACUGGCAGAAGCUGAGGAGGAAGAACAAGAAGCUUUGAGUAUUCAGAAACGUUUGACAGAGAAUCUGACUGAGGAAGACUUUGGACUUGACUUUAUUCAGGCAUUUGCCCAGGAGCAGGCAACUGAGAAAGUAACUCAAAAGGAUCUGAAAAUAAAAAAGGAUUUGAAGAAAAUGUCACAUAAAGAGCAGAUGAGUCUGCUGAAGAAAGAGUCACCAGAACUUCUGGAUCUCAUUCAGGACUUCAAAACAAAGCUUGCUGAGUUGAGGGAUGAGUUGCACCCACUGAUAGAGAUGGUGCGGAGUGGGAAGAUACCUGCAGGGAAGGGUGCCAGCUACGUGCAGACCAAGUACCAUCUCUACCUGAAUUACUGCACAAACAUCAGUUUUUACCUAGUACUGAAGGCCAAACGGAUCCCAGUGCAGAGUCACCCCGUGAUUGAGAGGCUGCUCACCUACAGAAAUCUGAUCAAUGAUCUAGUUGGAUUGGAUGACAAGCUGUUGCCUGAAAUCCAGCAGCUUUUGAGCCAGAAUAGUCUGGAUCCUGGGUCAACCACGGAAAAAGAUAAACUCAUCUCUGAGGUUAAAAAAGUUCCAAUUCGAUUGAGCAGGCAGCCUAAAGCUGGACAAAGAACAGAAGCAAAGGCCACUGAUCUCACAGUUUCUGGGGACUCCGAGUCUGAUACAGAUGAAGAAGCAGCAUUCCAAUAUUAUAAAGAUAUGGAGGAGAGGCUGACUCAAAAGAGAAAGAGAGCUCAACGUGACAGCAAUGAGGACAGUCCUGUGGUAAAGCAAGUACUUGGUCCAGAUGGAAAGAGAAAGAUCACAUACCAGAUUGCUAAGAAUAAAGGUCUCACACCCAAAAGGAAGAAGAUUGACCGUAAUCCCCGAGUCAAACACCGAGAGAAAUUCAGACGUGCUAAAAUACGAAGGAAGGGCCAGGUACGUGAAGUCCGUACAGAAGUGCAUCGAUAUGGUGGUGAGCUGUCUGGUAUUCGUGUCGGUGUUAAGAAGAGCACCAAGCUUCAGUAACUUUGCUGCUUUCUGCAAACAUCUGCCAAUUGAAAGUCAGGGAAACAGCUGCUCUGUCUCUUUGUAAUGUAUUUAUAGAGUUUUAUAAAUUGUGUAUUUGUACUGUGCUUUUGUAUUAGUAAAGUACAUUUACUAACAAGUGAA